AUGGCGAUCCGCCGUUCCGCGCGCAUUCGCCGCGCCCAGGAAUCCCCCGAGGUUGAAGAUUUUACCCCUCAGCCAGUCGCGACUUCCGAACUUCCUUCUGUUGCGGAGGUUGAGGAGACUCCCAGCUCCGAUCUGCCGCACGUCGCGAGAACUCCUUCUCAGAAUAAGUUUGCCAACGCGUCUUCUCAGCAAAUUUCUGCCAACAUGAAGACACCCACUACUGUGUCUGCGCCGCGCCCAUCUCGCGAAGAGAUGCAUCCCAGCAAGGCGCACCAGAGCACGACUAAACACGCGGACACGGGCCUCCUCCUUGGCUUCAAUCCCGUCAAGAAAGAUGCGAAUGGCAAUGUGGUUAGGCCGAGCAUCACUGAUAACACUCCGACCAAGUCUAAGCCGUCGCCCGCGACUAGUCAGUUUGGGACCCCGGGAUUCGAAUACAAGUUUCAGUCCCAGGAAGCCGCGCUCAGCGAUGAGGCCAAACUUCUCAUGGACAGUGUCCGUGAUGAUGUUGCUCGAAUCAAGGCUCAGAUGGCCCAGAAGGAAUCAAAGCAAAACGACGAAGAUCAUAAGGGUGAGCAAGCUCAUGGGGAUCGGAAGAUUGCCAUGCCCAAAGGCAAGGCCAGCCGCUUCAGCGACAUCCACAUGGCUGAGUUCAAGAAGAUGGAUUCGAUUGCUGGGCACCCUUCAUCUUUCCGCGCUACUCCUGGCCGGUUCCAGCCUAUGACCAAAUCUCUGAAGCGCUCCAAAUCCAAGGCGCAACUUGACGAAGCAGAGAGCCAGAACUCGUCUCCCUCUCGGUCCCCAACUAAAACCUCCACUCUGCCCGCUCCCACUGCCGCCACGACCGCUAAGCGUGUCAAGCACAACAAUACCGAAGAGAAGCCUUCUCAUGAGGAUUCAAAGAAGAAGCAAUCACCGCAGAAGUUGGAAACCCCUCGCCGACCCAUGGGUGCUCGCCCUCGCCCUCGCGCGAACGUUCCCGCCUCCUUGAUGACUCCCACCCAGGCUUCCCUUGCGCGUAAAACGUCUACCAGUGUCAAGGCGCCAAAGACAUCGUUGAUUCCGUCCUUCAAAGAUGCCAAGACAGCUGACUCGCCUCGAACUCCUCGCACCGAUUUCAACCCCCGCUUUAAGAGCAAGUUGCCUACCCUCGAUAACCUGAGGUCUAUUCUUCGUCGGCGCCAGCCACUAUUUUCCCGUGAUCCCGCCAAGAUCGCGUCUGGAACCCACGUUGCAGCGCCUGAUUUCAAUCCUAAUUCGCUGUUUGGGGGUGCCGCUGAUAUGAGCGACUCUGCCCCUACCCCCUCGCCUAAGAAGCACGUUGAAUUCACUCCGAGUGUCAAGUCUCGUCACGGACUUGUUGCGGCCUCGCCCUCUCCUUCCAAGGCCCCUUCUCAGCGUCGUUCCAUGUCUGGAGAUGUGGCUUACCCCACUCUCCCUACUCUCGGCCCGGAGGAGGAUUCAGAGGUCGUGGCCUCCACUACUCCUACUUCCAAAGGCAAGACUAUUCGUCAUGUUCGCAAGUCGGAUGCGCCCCCUUCAUGCCCUGAGCUUCCCGUGGUGGCUCAUGGUAUUCCUCAUGGCAUUGUUAACAAAAAGAGGCACCGUGAUGAUGUCGACGAUGACGAUGCUCCUGGUGCUAGCAACGAGAAUGUGCCGCCUGUCAAUGAGCGGACUGAUGACCGCAGCGCCAAGAGAUUCAAAUCCAACCCGCCUACUCCCAGUCCGGUCAAAAAGCGUCUGACCAAGACCCCCGUGCGUCCUUCUGCUGGCCAAGCCCGUACUCCUGCCAGCAAGCAGAGAAGCCGUGGUGUUCUCAGUAUGAGCCGUCUCAAUGCGCUUGCCAAGCCAAAGGGACAGGUCUAA